UGUGGUUGAUGUCUGUCAAUGUUAUUUCUUUUUCUUGGGUGAUUUCACAAGGAAAGGUUUGCAGAAACAAAACUUGCAAAACUUGCUGUUUUUCAAGAUUCUGAUUGGAUAAUCAUUUUGGUGUGCGCAACUUUGAAUUGUUCAUCCGUAAGGCUGGGAAGAGAACACAAAUUCGGUUGAUUAUCUGCAUUAGAAGCUGGGAGCAAAGGAUCGAUAUCCUGGAAAGCGUAAAGUGAUUCGAGACCUUCAACACCAGCUUCAAGCGCUUCAGUGAUACCAUUCUUGCCACGUUUUUUCGUCAUAUUAGUAUAAAUCCACCAUCGAGCUUUAAGCGGAUUAUGCACCAUACUUAACUGUUAAAAUGGUUGGUAGUGGUGUAAAAAAGAAGAAGAUUAGCAAGUUUCAACUUCCUUCGCUUAUUGAAGAAGUCAAAAAUAUUUUGCAGCUGUAUCCUGACGAUGGUCAAAUUUUUAAGGAGAUAAUUCAGAAUGCUGAUGAUGCAGGAGCUAAGGAGGUUGUUUUUAUUUACAACCAAAACGAUUAUACCAAAUCAAACUCAACCCAAAAGUUCUGUGUUGAAAAACUGUCUCAAUUCCAGGGUCCUACCUUAUAUGCUUACAAUGACGCUGUAUUUCAAGAAAAAGACUGGCAAGGUAUCACCUCCUUGUCCAAAAGCAAUAAACGAGCAGAUCCAUUAAAAGUUGGACGUUUUGGUCUCGGAUUCAAGUCGGUUUUUAAUAUCACAGAUUUACCAAGCAUUGCAAGCGGUAGCAGGUUGCUUUUUCUUGAUCCAUUAAAGGAAACACUACAAAAGGAAAUUUGGGACCUUGAUUUUGAAGACGAUGAAGAUCUCUUCAAGCUUAAUUUUGGUGAUGUGAACUUGUUCAAGAAAGUGCCACCAAAUUAUUCUCUAUCCGCAGAAGGAAAAUGUGAAGGUUCUCUUUUUUGUUUUCCUCUCCGAACAAAGCAGUCAGAUAUUUCAGAGGUUUGUUAUGGUGACAUCAAAAUCCAAGAAUUGAUAAAAACGUUUAAGUCAGAAGGAUGCUUUAACUUAAUAUUUUUGAAAAGUGUUCAGUCUAUCACAAUGUACCAAAUAAGCCAAGGAUGCGAUACCAUGGAGGAGUUAUACUCCGUACGCGUUUCAACUGAAUGUGCAAAAAAAUAUGAAGAAGUCAGGCAGAAAUUCAUUGAUGAGGUGGCAAGGAAAACUGAAGGUAAACAUUUUGAAUACAUGCAACUAGAUCGUUCUCUGGUUAUUGAGGAACAUGCUGGUGGGAUGUUUCAGCACUACAAAUUUAUGAUAAGUGAGCUGUUUGGAUGCGCAAACGAUGUGGACAUGAUUAAAUUAGUCAACAAUAUCUCGUACGCUCCAUUGGUGGCAGUUGCAAUGCCGAUGGAGAAUAACAAUGGUGGACAUGUUUUUUGUGGGCUGCCACUUCCAUUAAAUCAAACAUGCAUGACUGGUUUGCCUAUUCACGUCAAUGGUUUCUUCGGUCUUGGUCCUGAUCGAAAGGAUUUAAAGUGGAAAGAAGUAGGUGCGACUACAAGCAACGACGAAGACGUAACUUGGAAUCUCUCCCUUAUUAAAAAGUUAAUACCAAUUGCCUAUUUGAAUUUACUCAAAUUUAUUAUUCGUUCCGGUAAUGACGAGAUUCUAUAUAAUGCAUUGCCAGACGGGAACAAGGUAAAUGAAAAAUGGAAAGUAUUGUUAGACGAACUGUAUCAGCUCCUGCAAGGUGUCCAAUGUAUUUACCUACCAAAACGAAAUGAAUGGUUAACUGUGCAAAAUGUUGUGUUCGUAGCAGAGAGCAAGUUCAAAUCAACUGCUCAUAUCACAAGUGUACAGAAUAUGCUGGAACGUCUUGGAAAAAAUGUCGCACGCGCACCACAACACGUGGUACAUUUCUUUGAAAAGUGCGUCCACCUAAUCGACAAGAAGACCGUUCAAAAUGAUUUAAAAAGGUAUCCUCAGGUAUACAUGCAAUUACCUCGUCGUGAUCAAAGUUUGAUAUUGGAGUCUGUUAUCGAAAACGAAGAAGAUUUUUGUUGUCUCUUUGGCACUAAAAUCUGGCCAUUGCUUUGCAAUAAUUAUGGUGAGGGGAAUUUUAUGAUUGCUGGAAGUACUAUCUACAUACCAACAGAAAAUCACAAGAAAGAGCUGCUUCCCAACCAACCAAGCAUACUUGAUGUUGAUUUUUUUAAUGAUUGUCCGAUGUUGUUAUCAAUGCUGAAAAAUUUUGCAAAAACAGGACGUUUCAAUCUAAAGAUGUUGGAUACAUGGCAAGUUGUUUUGCAAGCUUUGAAGAUAAGUCUGCCAAAACAUUGGACAUGUGUUGAAAGAAUGAUCAAGUGGGAAGAAUAUGGUCAGUAUGGCAAAACUUGGCUGUCAUCGUUUUGGCGUUAUCAAAAUACACACAAUAUUCCAAUUGCACAGUUGCAAGAUUUACCGUUGAUUCCAGUGACUCUAAAUGGUACAAAGUAUUUGCAUAAAGUUGGUAUCAACUCUGUUAUUAUGGUAGAUACUUACAACAAUAUAUCCUCGCAAAUGAAAUCUUUCCUUGAAGAUUGUGGCAUUGUAUUUUUUGACAACUCUUCUGGUAUCCUGCACAAUAUCUCGGGCUUGUAUCAUGACAACCGAGUGUUGCAGGCGAAUUCUGAUGGAAUAAUACGUGCCAUAGAAAACGUCAAUAGAACUGCUGACGAAAUCAAUCAAUUCUUAAGAAACAAAGUGGACGUGGUAAGAGAAGAAUUAAAAGACGCCUUAGAGCACUGUAACCCAAAGAAAAACCUGCCUGAUUGUAUCUAUCAACUAAACUUGCUCAGAGAGUUCUCUUGCGGAAUAUAUGUCUCAAUCAUGGACUGCAGGUUUGUUGAACACUUUCAUAUACCUAAAAUAUGGCAACAACAUUUUGCAGCUAUUAUUGAUAUAAACACCUUAUCUUCUCAGCUUGUGACAAAGAUUAAAAAUAGGAUGACACGUUGGUCAUUCGAGGAUGUUAUUAGAGAAGCAUUCUCAAAACAUUCGUCAGAAAGCAUUCGAAACGAGCUUUCCGAUUUUGUUUUAAAACACAUUUCUAAUCACGUAAUUUCUCAGGAAUGCUUAUCUUUUCUGAAGGAUCAUGUGCGCAUUAAAAAUACAUCAUCAAACCGGUUACAACCUUGUACUCUGUUUGAAGCGACAGAAGAGUUGAAAUGCUUGUUCUUUGGGGAAAACGAAAAAUUUCCCGACUCAUCAUACAAUGAAUGCAUGGUAGGAGUGAAAAUGCUUGGUUUAAAAACAUCCAUUCAAGACGUCACAUACUCCGACAUAACACACAGUAUAGGGAAACUUUCUAACAUAGCAGUGUGGAAUAAAGAUUUCGAAAGUAUAGUUAAAAAGGUUCGAUUUAUACUAGAUAUUAGUGAUCGAAAAAAUUUUCAAUUGAAAUGUUUUAAAGAGAUCUCAUGGCUUCCUGUUCAACAACAAAGGGUGCAAAACUACCCUAAUUCGUUAGAAUGGUUUGGGAAUGAUAGGUCUCUGAGAAAACCCAGUGAAAUGUCUGCUGUUCAACAUGCAAGAUUAGUUGGAAGUAACAGAUAUGUGGUGGAGUCAUCGCUUUCUGCGAUGUGUUUGGUAAGAGGAAUUGUAUCCCCUCCCCCACUAGAAGUUGUUGUGAAACAUCUAAAAACUGUUAUCUCCAGUUAUGAUGAUGACGAAAAAGGGGUUUACAAAACAACCAUAAUGUCCAUAUAUGAAUACUUACACACUUGUGAUAUUCCCCAGGCUGCAGCGUUGUUUCGUCAAAAUCAACUGAAAAUUUGGCAGGAUAAACAAUUUGUUAACUAUGAACAAAUUUUGUUAAAUAAAACUUCUCAUUCCGUGACACCGUAUUACCAAUUUGUUUCUGAUGAUGUUAGAAGUUACCUUGAAGGCAUUUUAAAGUUGCUUGGGUGUGAUAAAAAGAGUGAAAUUGACAUCUACGUAGACGUCCUUGAGCAGUUAAGAAGCAAAUAUGAAACAGGAAUAAGUACUUCCGGUGAUGAUCUACACUUGGCUGUCAAUCUAAUUCGGUUCAUUUCGGAUAACAUUGAAAAAUUAUUACCGGGCCAGCGAACUUCAUUAUGUAUUUUAGUUGAUUCGCCAUUAAUAAAGUUCUGUCGACUGAAUGAAUGCUAUUUUCAUGAUUUCGAGGAUGAUGUAUCAUUCUCUUCGCUAGCCACUCACAACGUGCUACAUAGGUUGUUAGACGCAGAAGUAGCCAGAAAACUCGGCCUUCCUGAUCUGGUCAGUGAAGUUGUGUCAUGUGAAGGAGGUUUUGAAUCGUGGGGACAACAUGAACCAUUGACACUUCGGCUUAACAGACUUCUAGAUGACUACCAAGACGGGUUAGCAAUACCUAAAGAACUUAUUCAGAAUGCAGACGAUGCUGGCGCCACCGAAGUUUGCUUUUUGUACGAUAAAAGAGAAAACAAUGCCCACAAACGUAUGUUAAUUGAUAGAAAGAUGAAGGAAUGGCAAGGUCCUGCGCUUUGGGUGUAUAAUAACAAAGUUUUCCAAGAAGAAGAUUUUCAGAAUAUAACGAAACUAAAUGCUGGAACAAAGAAGGCUGAUUCUACGAAGAUUGGGAGGUUUGGUUUAGGAUUUAACGCAGUGUAUCAUCUAACUGAUGUACCAAGUUUCUUUAGCGGCGAGUAUAUGGUGAUCUUUGAUCCACAUGCUAAGUUUCUUGGAAAGGCACUAAAAGACAAAACUAAGCCGGGUAUCAGAAUUCCGGUGUGUAAGAGGAAGCAGGAUCUUGCGAAUUUUAAUGACCAAUUUCAAGUGUACCAUGGCGUGUUUGGUGUGCAACUCGACUUCCUUAGUGAACAAGUAGAAAGGUAUGACGGCACACUUUUUAGACUUCCCCUCCGUAACGCAUCUCAAGCACGUGAAAGUAAAAUCAAUCAUUUGGAGUACAAUGAAUGGGAAAUGAGUUUGUUAUUGAAAAAGCUUGAAGGAGCGUUGGAGUCGUUACUUCUUUUUACGCAAAACGUGGUGUCGAUAAAAGUUUUUGAAUUGCAUAAAAAUGCAGUUUCUCCAGAUGAAAAAGAACUUCUUUUUUCAGUUGAUAAGUCGAGAGAGUCAGCACAACACGUUGACAAUGGUAUAAUGAAGUUGGCUGCAAAUGUUUUAAACACAAGCUCGCACAUUAACGUAAAAAGAUUGAAUGUAUCUGACAACAUAAACAUUGCACAAACUGUCAAAGGAGAAACAUAUCAAAGCAAAUGGCUGGUUAGUUCGUCAACCGGUGGAAACAAAACAAUGGAAUUUGCAAGGAAUCAUAAAGGUUUUAGUCCAUGUAGCGGAGUGGCAUUGCAGUAUCAAAAAAAAGAAAAUUCCAUCGUCCCAAUCACAGACAACAAAAUUCGAUAUAUAUUUUGUUUUCUACCGUUACCAGAAAAAAGUCACAUGCCUGUUCAUUUAAACGCAGCAUUCGAUAUUACAAAGGAUAGAAAGGGACUAUCAAAAUCCACUGAAGAUGAAAAAAGACAUGAAGGAAUGACUUGGAAUGAUAUGCUGUGUGAGGAUGCCGGUCUUCCUUACUUUAACCUACUCACACAAUUAAAGAAGUUCUGUCCAGAUAUGCAGUUCAAUAAAUACUUGGAAAUACUUCCUGUGUUACCACUAUCCGAAGCUAAUCCCUGCCUUGUAAAACUGGUUAGAUGUUUGAUGGAUAAAUUGUUGCACAGCUUGGAAGAACCCUUUCCUAUUUACGACGGGGAACAGUCGGUUUGGAAGAAUUGGAGGGAUAUCACUUUUUUUUCUGAGGAUUUUCCAUGUGAUUUAAAAGAUACAGCUGUUAGUUUUAUGAACAGAUAUUACAGACAUUUAAAAAAUGGCAAGGUUUGUGUGAAUCUUCCCUACACAUUCAUGAACACUUUAAAAGAAGUUGGACUGGACGAAAAUAUUAAAGCAAACGUUAUACCUAAGCAAGAGUUUUACAAAUUAUUUUUUCAACAUAUUAAACAUUCCAUACUAUCAGAUGAAUUGAGAAAUGAGAUAAUGCAUUGCAUUUUGAAUAGAAAACCAGAAGAAUUAAGCUUACGGAGCAUGAUUGAGACUAUUCCGUGCAUCCCUUCGAAACCUAGCGGUUUUCUUCAGUUGCCUUCAUAUUUAGUAGAAACAAACAGCAAAGCUGCCGAACUUUUUGGACAAGACGAGGUAAAUAUUUUUCCAUCAACCGAAUAUGAUCAACAUUCAUCCUAUCUUAAGGAUUUGGGUAUGAAUAGCCGUUUUCUUUCAUGGGAAAUGAUUUUAAACAGAGCAGAAUCUAUUCAAAAUUCCCUAGCUGCUUCGAAGUUAACGUAUAGCAGAAGUAGAGGAUUACUUUCUUUUAUAAAACAAAAUGACACGCCCUGUCCCGAUGUAAUCAAGCAUCAACUUCUGCAAACCUCCUUCUUGAUUGUCAAACAAAAACCCGACAAAUCUAUUUUUACAACCUGGCACGGGGAUUCCUGUUUCUUUGGAGCGCCGAAUAAAAUGUUUCUUCAAAAAUACUUAAAUAUCGUUUCCUGCUCAGCUCUGGUAUGCGAAGAUACUUUGGAUGAAACAAUUUCAAAUUUUUUUAAUUUAAAUCGCAUUCCGGAAUGGAAACAUCUAGAGAAGCAAGUUUUAGAACUGAUUCAGACUUAUCGAAUGUUAGGUAAGGUUGAUACGAGGUUUGUAACUGCUUUGGAAAGUAUUUAUACUUUCCUAACGCAAAAUGGCUAUCCAGAAGAAAUAAUAAAUGAGCUAUCAAAACUGCCAAUCGUUUUCACGCAAAGCGAUGAUUUAGUGAUACCAGUAAGAGUUUAUGUGAAUCUGACUCGUGAAGUGCCAGGUUAUAGGUUUAAACUUCCUUCGACAUUGCGUCUCCGCUACCUACCACUUAUGAAACAGUUUGGAGUAAAGGAAGAUUGUAAUAUGAAUGACCAUGUUGAUAUACUAAAAAGUAUAAAGGACGAUUAUAAAAUGUCAAAGUUGCCGCAGGAGCUACUAGAUGUUGUACUACAUGAAAUUACGCCAUAUCUUGAUAAAAACAAAGAUCAUGUGACUGAAAUUGUAAAGAAUGAGCUUUUCUUGCCUGAUCGUAAUGGCGUAAUGCAGAAAGUUACUAAAAUGUGCUUCAAUGAUCUCCUAUGGAUGAAAGAUGAAACGGGGACACUAUACUGUCACAAAGAUAUCCCAGCAAGUUAUUGUCUCAACCUUGGCAUAAAAACAUUACGAAGUGAUGUCCUCCAAAGAGACAGAAUUGGUCUUCCGUUUGGACAACACGAAGAGCUUACGACCCGUAUAAAAAAUCUAUUAAGAGGAUACACAGACACUGAAGAUAUACUGAACGAAAUCUUACAAAACGCAGACGAUGCUGGAGCAACUGAAGUGGAUUUCAUCCUCGACCUACGAAAUCAUGGAACGGAAAAGGUAUUUUCUGAUGAAUGGAAACAAUUGCAAGGUCCUGCACUACUUGUGAGCAAUGACGGAGAAUUUACGGAGGAUAAUCUACGUGCUAUACAAGCUUUAGGAGAGGGAAAUAAAAGUGACAACCCUUUGAAAACAGGGAAAUUUGGGGUAGGAUUUAACGCAGUAUAUCACAUUACGGAAUGUCCUUCCUUCCUUACAAGUAUUGAAGGUCGUGGCGAUGUUUUAUGUGUAUUUGACCCCAAUCUUCAUUAUGCUGAUGGCGCAACAAAGGAACACCCAGGUUUUAUGAUCCAGAAUAUUCGCAAAAAGUUUGAUGAACAUUUUACGGAUGUUAAGUCGGCAUAUCUAAUACCGGAAUUUAACUCUAAAGCCAAAACCCUGUUUCGUUUUCCGCUGAGAAAUGCAGAUAUGGCCAAGAAGUCAUCAUUGUCACAAAAAGAGAUGUCCAUCAGUCAAAUGGAGAAAAUCAUAAAAAAUUUAAAAACGGCUUCAUUAAAAGUCUUGCUGUUUCUACAUAAUGUCAAGUCUCUGUCUUUUUCCGUUAUACCAGAGGGUGGACGCUUAGAUGAAAUAAGUAAAGAUAUCAUUCUCGCAAAACCUUACAAUGUAGAUCAAGGUAAAAUGAAUGAGUUUAAAACAUUUUCACGAAACUUGACCUUAAUGCUUAAACAGAAAAGCCAACUAUCUUACAAUAUAUGUAUCACGCAUCAACAGUCAAACAAAAUUAUCAAAAUGUAUCAUUGGAACGUUGUUGAGCAAUAUGGCUUCUCAGAAAUAGAACAGUUACCUCCUUCGAUCACUGAUAUGUUGCAUACAAAGAAACUUCUACUGGCACCGAGAGGCGGCAUCGCUUCAUUAAUAAAAAAAAAAUGCAAACAGUGCAUAAAGAAAAUGCACGAAAUAAGACGCAAUUGCACGUCUUGCAACACUAAAGAUGACAUGUGCUAUUGGUGCAAAUCAAUAACCGACCUUAGCUUCAUUUGCGAUAAAAAUGGCCUCUUUUGUACACUACCCCUUCCAGAGAAGACAGAUAUGCCUGUCUUGAUCAAUGGAAAUUUCGUAUUAAACUACGAAACAAGAAGAAACCUUUGGAGUAGUCGUGAUGAAGGACUUGAAAGGCAGUGGAACAGCGUUGUUCUUACUAACUGUGUUCUGCCUUGUUAUGUGAGUUUUGUCGAAGCUCUUGCGGAAAAAAUCACUAAUAAUACAAGACCCUUUCAAGGGUAUUACGUAUUCUUUCCAAAAAUUGAUGUUAAUUAUAGAGUGCGUGACAAAGAUCCACACUUAUAUUACUGGGAUUUAUUAAAAAGGGGUUUUUAUCAAUGGAUCUAUGAAAAGAAUCUGUCUGUGUUACCAGUCAAGAUAUCAAGUGAAGAUACUGAUACAAUGGUAGAAUUUUGCAAACCACAAGAUGAAUUUUUGCUGUACCCUGAAUAUGAUCAUUCUCUUGAAGACAAACUAAAACUUCUUCAAACUUUGCAGUGGGCAUUUUUGAAAGUAGAUACUGUACCAAAUAAUGUUGUACAAAGUUUUAAAGCUUGUAAAUUCCCGCUUACUGUGCUGUCUCCUCAGAUUGUUCGAGAUCAACUAAGGAAAAAUGCUUGUAGGCUGUUAGACAAGCCAGAUAUUCCAGUGGAUAGAACUGUAUUUAAAACAGUCAGUAAUGUGGUCACGGUUCUUAAGUAUUGCUUAAAAAGCGAGAUAGAAGGUCCAGUGACAACAAAUGAAAAGAACGAAAAAGUCUUGAUUGAUUUGGAAGGUAUUCCGUUGUGUGUUCUUGCUAAUGACACAAUGACCUUGUUCUCAAAGAGCAAUCAAAAAUUUGGCACAAGAUUUGGUAACCUUAUUCAAAAUAAUGAAAAUUUGUUCGUUCACAGUGACAUUUGGAAAGUCGUUUUAAACAAAGAAACAAUAGAUGUAGCUUGUUUCAAAGCAUUUACUCUUGAUGAGUUUUCAUCAUUGUUAGAUCAAGUUCCAGAUCUGUCUUCAUACAAAAAUUCAACAGUUCCGAUCCCCUUUUCUAGGGACGAUAAUUUUAUGGAUUGGCUUAUUGAUGUCUGGAAAUACAUUACAUCGAACAAAGAUAUUUCAAAGCACCAGGAACAGCAACCAGGAAAUAAAGAAAAGAAGGUUGACGAGCUUGAUCUUUCCGCUAUUGAGAACUGGUCGCUUUUAGUUUGUCAGCGAGGAAAUGAACAUUACUUACUACAAGUUGGCAAGCGUAGAAGUGUGUUGUAUCUUCAUCUUAUCCAGCGAUCUAACGCUUCCACAUUAAAAAAAAUCCUGAGAAAAAAAAUCCAUGUUUUCGAGCCUGUCUUGCGCAAAGAAAUUAGAAAAGGUAUUGGUAAGGAAUUUACAUCACAGCCCAAAUUAGAAAAUAUUUACAGUAAAGGAGAUCCGGGUAGAAUAUUUGGAUCAUUAGAUGACGGUAAUAACCUAAUUGAUGCCAUGUUUUUAUGUUAUGAAAUUGGGAGUUUUAAAGAAAAGGUUACCGUAGAUGAUGCAUUAGUAAUUCUCGAACACUUGAAUGGAUUUGUUGAGGAAAUAGAUGACACAAGAAAGGAAAAAUUGAAGGAAUUGCCUUUGUUUGAGACGUUUGACGGAAAGCUCACAAAAGGGGAGGGGACUGUCGUUGUACUGCCUGAUGAAAAUCUCAUUCCAAGAGAAGGACUAGCUGAUGUGGAAAGACACCACAAUUGCAGAUUUGUAAGAGCUAAAAUGGGUAAACUAUUAAAUUGGUUGCAAUUUGUGAAAAGUGAAAACAUUUGCGAUUUUUACUUGACGUACAUUUGUUCGUCUAUGGCAAUAUUGAAUGACGAAGCUUUAUUUCGUCAUUUUGAUUACAUUAAAGAUAACCUAAUGCAUGGGUCUGUUACGCGUUUGAGUGGUUACAAACGUUUUUUCGAUGUAAUCAAGACGAUUCCGUUUAUUCCGCAGGAGAAAAAUUGCAGAAAAAGAGCUUGUGAGUUAUACGACCCUAGAAAAGAACUUUACCAAGUCAUGGUCGAUAAAGACAAACUUCCACCUGAGAGGUACCAUUCUGACGAUUGGAGAGAAUUUCUUAUAAAAGUGGGCAUGCAAGAGGAUGUAACAAAAGCUCAGUUUGUGGAAUUUGCCAAAUGCCUAGAAUCGGAUUUGAGAAUCAAAUCAAAAAGAAAAGCAUCAUCGCUGCUAUGCGUGGAAUUAAUUUCCCUACUGUCAAAGAAAGAAGACCAUACCCGUUUUGUGCAGACAAUUAGAUCAAUUUCGUUUAUUGUCCCGCAACGGUUAAACCGGUCGCUUGAAUCGUUACACCCGAGCAAAAAUGCAGAAAUGAUUGAAGCAGAGAAGUUAAUGUGUUUUUUAGCGUCAGGUACCGAAGAAACUUCGCGUCUGUUGUGGACUACAAAUCCGGUACUUCCCGACUAUGCUGUUCAGAGUUUCAAUAACUUAAUCCAUUCUGGUCCAGAGUAUUUAACAAAGUUAGGUGUGCAAAGCAGUAUUAACCCCCGUAAAAAACCCCUCGGAUGCGAUGUCAACCAUUCUGAUGUCAUACGGCACAUUAAGAACAUUACUAACUGUGAGAUGAUUCGAGAAUCUUCAACAUGCAAGCAAAUACCUCGUAAAGCGCAAUAUACUCUAUUGGCGAUAAUGGAUUUACUCUUUCGAUAUUUUUCAGCCAUAUCAUCUGAAGCUCUCAAAGAGUAUAGUAAACAGCUGAAAAACACAAGUUAUAUUUUGGUUGGAGACAGCACAAAGUUGGAGAUUCCAAGAAAAUCAGUUCUGGAGAGUUUAUAUGCAAUUCCUCCUUAUCUUAAUGCCGUGCCAGUCAACCUUGGUAGGCACUUCGAAAUCUUGGAAAAACUUGGUUGCCUAAAGAAACCAUCUCCUGCGCAUUACGUUUCUGUUCUUGACGAAAUAAAAGAGUUAUCAGGAGAUAAUUGUUUAGAUCCAAAUAUGCUAAAAGCAGCAAAGAAAGCAACCGUUCUUAUCGCAGAGACUUUAAGGACAUCAAAUGAAAUCACAGGUAUCGCGAAUUGUGUUCUCUACCUACCAACAGUUACAUUUGCAACAUGUCGUCAAAACAAAGUGCAUUUGAAAGAAUCAAGCAAGGUUAUUUACGUGGAUGAUUACCACUUGGAGGGAAGAUUGAAAUCUUUUUCAGAGCCACUACUUCUAAUGAAACACAAUGAAGAAUUAAAUAUGGUAUGUAACACCAAUGCCGACUUGAUGACAUACCUGCCGGAAUCACGGCGACCUAAAGUGUUAAGUGACGUCAUAGAAGAGCAGUUGAUAUCAGAUAUGGAGUAUCAAACGGUGGCGCCUGAUCAUGUAAGCCAAGGAAUAAAAGCCCAACUGGCAUCGCCAGUGUUUUUAGCAUCAAUGGAACGCCUCUUAAAGCACGAAAAAUCACAGAGUGCAGAGUCAAGCAUUGACGCAAAGAUUGCGUACAUCACAAAGGCUAUACGAAAUGUCGAAGUGUAUGUGUUACCUGAUAUUAAAACUCAAUUUUUCUUUGAAGAUUCACCAAUCGAAGACAGCGAUGUUUCAAAAAAAUUAUUUUUGAAAAUUUCUGACAACAAUCUACAGAUAUAUUUCCGGACAUUUUUGGAAAAAGAGAUGGCAGUUUAUUCAGAUGUGGCAGACGGGCUAUUAAAACUAUUUAAAAAUCCUUUGAAGGAUUCCACCACAGUGCUGAUGUUGCCUCAACUGCUGGCAGCAAGAUUAGAAAAUGUAAUGGAGCUGUUAGAUCAUAAGGGAAUUAAAAGAGGAGAGUCAGACCUAACAUUUUCACAGUUGGACAUGAAACCCAAUGCUGGUGAUUUAGUGCCGAUAGAGCUGUACGGUUCACUACAAGAUGAUUUUGUAGAGUUUGAAGUGGGUGAGUAUGUGGCGCUAGAAAGAAGUGAUGGUGAAGACAAUUUCUAUGUGUAUGCUAUUGUAGUUCGCCACACCACCGCUGAAGAUGAUAGCGAUCCACUGCAAUUUGAAUACAUAGUAGAAACGGAGAAUGGAGAAGUAAAAGUGAAAGCAAUUGAGCUGUAUAGAUUCAAAAAAUUUGAAUUUACUGAAUGUCGUGGCGAAAUAAGUCUAAUCCCGUCUAACGAGGAAUUGUAUAAAUCGUAUGAUGAUAUUAUUAAAGAGAUUCGUGAACAAAUAGCAAACGCUAGCCAAGAAGACGUGAAAGCCGUUGUUCGCAGACUUUAUCGAAAAUGGCAUCCCGACAAAAACACAGCUAAACACAAAGAAUUAGCAACAAGGGUGUUUCAGUUCUUGCAAGAACUGUUAACAAAGAUAAACUACAACUGUUUCUUUGACGACUGGAAUGUUUUUGUUCAGCGAGAUGCUGAUUUACAUAGAAGAUACUAUGAUUCCUACCGAAGCAGUCCUUCUGCAUCUUCGAACAGCUGGCCACCGACCUUUGAAACAAGUAAUCCGCAACCUGCUGAAGCAAGAAGAUGGUUUAGACAAGCGAAACAUGACUUAGAAGCAGUUCAAACAUUGACUUCAAGCGAAUGGAAGUGCUUCUUAGCUCAUCAAGCUGCAGAGAAAGCGUUAAAAGCAGCCCAGUAUUUGAAGAACUCCUCAAGAAGCGAUCAUCAUAGUUUGGUGGUAGCAUCAAAUGGCUUAAAUGCAAAUCUCGAAAGCUUAGGAUCCGAACUGGAGAGGAUGAUUACGUCUUCAGCUCAUAUUCGAUACCCCAAUUGCUGGAAUAUGCCGAGAAUACCACAUGAUGUUUACACAGACACCAUGGCCGACCAUGCUGUGCGUCUGGCGAAAAGAAUUCUGGAGAUUGUAGAAGGAUUGAUGCCUUAGCGUGAUAAAGUUUUAACUUUGUUUUACUCUAACUUUUAGUAUAAAUUUAAUUGGGUUUUUUGACGAUAUUGGUAGUAAAUGCAAACCUACCCUUUUCUUUAUAACAUUCAAAUACCUAUUUGUUUGAAAAGAGCUUGGUGUUGAGCUAAGCGUAUAGGUAACGACGAAAGAGUAUAAGAAAAUUAAAAACAAUGAGGGAGUUAUUCGAAUAUAAAAAUAUAAAUAGAUUUACGAAGAAAUUUUUGACAUCAAGACGUAUUUUUUACAAGCAUAUAUUUGAACGGAAGGAUUAUAAUCUUAAAUAAUUUAGUUGUUUGAUAUUUUGUUUUCGAUUUUUAAAGUUUUGAUUACGCUAUUCGUGCAUAUGAGCUUUAGUAUAGUACUACGGAUCUGCGCUAACAAGUUGUGUCAUAUUGCUUGCACCUAAUCUGCCAGACUCAAAACAGAGCAGAAGUUGUGAUGAUUUUUGUUUUCUGGUCAGGCUGACCACGUCACGCUACUGUAACUUUUAUUUUGUUUGGCUUUUUGUUUUUGUUUUUGUUUUGUUUAUUUUAAUAUUAUUUCUGUUUAAAAUUAAAUGUAUUGGUAUCGUUUGAGGUAGUCUAAGGUAUGUAAUGUAUUGGUAUAGUAUAAUGUAUUGAUCUCUUUGUGUAAAACCCUGUAAGACAAUUAUUGUUUGCACACAACCCUUGUGAUUUUGAUGAUUUAUUCCAAAACUUACUAAUAAAAACCUUGCUUACAGUGUUAUGGCCUAAGAGCAACCUCGUUCCCAGGGCAUUUUGCCUUGUUGAUAAGUUGAUAACGGCGAAAAGUUCAUUGUUGGCCACUCCGUAAUAACGGCUCAGGGGCCACAAGACCCUGGGAACGAGGUUGGCCUAAGAGACGAUUUUUGAGUUACCAUAUAAACAUUAAAUGAUGAUAUAAUUCUGAUUGUGGAAUUUGAUCUGAAUGAAACAAGCUUGUUGGGUAAAAUUUAUUUCUUGAUCAUUUUUAUGCAAACAUGAUCUUAAAAUUUUUAAUUUCACUUUUUUAUACUUUAAUGAGUUUCUCCUCACAUAGCAUAUAUAUUUUACGGAAUAGUUGUAAACAUUUUAUGGACUUAAUUUCUUUAUUCUA